AUGAGCAGUUUGGCGGAAAGUAAGCUUGUGGAUCGCUGCACCCAGCCGAUUGUUGAUGUGCCCAGCUACAGGAAGCUGAGGGUGUUCUCGGGCAUAAAGCCUGUCCCUACAGGCGAAGAGGAGUAUGAGGUUUGGAUGGAGCAGGCUACACAAAUGAUUAUGGAGUGGCAGUGCAAUGAUGCUGCUAAGAGGCAGCACAUUGUAGAGAGUCUGCGGGGGCCUGCUGCAGAUAUUAUCAGGUUCUUAAAGGUUAGUAAUUCCAGUGCUAUGGCUACUGAUUAUUUAGCUGUCCUUGACACUACUUAUGGUUCUACUGAGAGUGGUGCUGACCUUAUGGCCUCAUUUCGUCAUACCUUCCAGCAGGAGGGGGAAAAGCUGUCUGUUUUUCUUUAUCGCUUGGAUAAACUGCUCCACCGUGCACCUCUGAGAGGGGGAGUGGAUGCCACUGGUUUGGAUCAGGCUCGCCUGGAGCAACUGUUCAAGGGCGCACUCACCAAUAAUCUGGUGGCUUUGCGUGUACGAAUGAUGCACACUUUGAGAGAUCCCCCGUCUUUUUCUCAGCUCAUGCGAGAGGUGAGAGAGGAAGAGCAUUGGGUGAGUGUUAGAGAGAGUACAAAAGCCUCUGUUGCCACUGCGGCUGUUUCACAGGUGCCUAUGACUGCUGCUGUUGGGGCUUCCCAGGCAUCAUUGACUCGGGUAGCAUCUGAGGUAGACGGUUUAAGGCAAAAUAUUAAGGAGCUGACAACGCUAGUGUUGAAACUUUUGAGCACGGCUACGGGGACUCCUGCGGGUGUUGCACAGAACGCUGUGAGCCCCAUUCUAGAAAACCCUGCUACAGCUGUCUUUUCGGAGGCUGUUGCCCUUGACAGGGCUGGGCCUUCUGUUCCUUCUUUGGUAUCUGGCAUUUUCUGCUAUAAGUAUGGGGAAGACAGACACCUUAAGCGAGAUUGUACUCGCUCGGAGAACCUUCGCUUGGUUAAUCAGAAGCUGCUCAAAAGGACCCAGGGAAGGGUGCCGGGAAACUUUCCUGGAGCUCGGUGA